AUGAAGUACGCUACUGCUUUCCUCGCUGCUGCCGUCGCCCUGGUAGGCCACGCUGCGGCUGCUCCCCAGGGGUUUGGCAACCAGGAAUUCAACGCCGGUGGGAGCAGCGGCCAGUCCUUUGGCGGCUCCAACAACUACGGCAACUCCGGUGAGUCCAGCAGCAGCAGCAGCAGCAGCAACAGCUACGGCGGCUCUGGCAGCUCCGACAGCUCUGGCAGCUACGGAGACUCAGGCAGUUCCGCGGCCUCCAGCGUCGCCGAGGCUGCUGUCCCCGUCACUUCUGCGGCCUCCUAUCCGGCUGCUGCGUCUCAGGCUGCUCCUGAGGCUGCCUCCCAGGCUGCCUCCCAGGCUGCCCCGGAGGCCGAGUCCUAUUCGGCUGCUCAGGUCGCGACUGAGGCUGCCACCGCUGCGUCCUCUUCGGCUGCUGCUGCCAACGCUGGUGUCAGCGUCACCGGCACUGCGCCGGGCUUUGCUGCUUCUGCUACUGGUGGUGGCAGCGCUGCCGCCGUCACUCCUACCACCACCGACGAGCUGGUCUCGUAUCUAGGAGAUGAUGAGGCUCGUGUUAUCGUUCUGACCCAGACUUUCGACUUCACCGAUAGCGAGGGAACCACCACUGGCACCGGCUGUGCCCCCUGGGGUACCGCGACGGGGUGCCAGGAGGCGAUCAACCAGGACGACUGGUGUACCGAUUACGAGCCCGACGCUCCCACUGUCGACGUUGAAUACUACACUGCCGGUGUCCUGGGUAUCACUGUCGGCUCCAACAAGUCGAUCGUCGGCUCCGGUACUUCGGGUGUCAUCAAGGGCAAGGGUCUCCGUAUUGUCAGCGGCGCCGAGAACGUCAUCAUUCAGAACAUUGCCAUCACCGAUAUCAAUGCCAAGUACGUCUGGGGUGGUGAUGCCAUCACCAUCGACGAGUCGGACCUGGUCUGGAUUGACCACGUUACGACUGCCCGCAUUGGUCGUCAGCACAUUGUCCUGGGCACGGAAGCCGACAACCGGGUGACCAUCUCGAACCACUUCUUCGACGGCGAGACGGAUUACUCGGCGACCUGCGACGGUCACACGUACUGGAACGCGUACUUUGACGGCUCGAGCGACCAGAUCACCUUUGUCGACAACUACCUGUACAUGACCUCCGGGCGUGCGCCCAAGGUCGCCGGCAGCACCAUCGUGCACGCCGCCAACAACUACUGGUACGACAACUCUGGCCACGCCUUUGAGACCGACGACGGCGUCUACGUCCUCCUCGAGGGCAACGUGUUCGACAACGUCACCACCAUCGUUGACAGCGACUACAACGACGGCGCCCUCUUCGCCGCCACCUCGGACAACGCCUCGGACUGCGAGGACUACAUCGGCCGCGCCUGUGUCGCCAACUCCUACACCGACUCCGGGUCCACCGAUGACGCCGACACCAGCGUCCUCGAGGAGUUCGAGAGCUACUCCAGCGAUGUCUACGAUGCUGCCGCUGCUAGCACCGACAUUGCCUCCUCCGCCGGCCAGGGUAAUUAA